UGAGAAAAAAAUCAUCAACUACUUGCGUGCACUCAACCUCAUAAUUGCUCGCUUUCCCCAUAAUAUUUUCAUCCUCUAUAUAUAAUCUUCUAGUUCUAUAUCGAAAUCUGACAUUCCCUCGCUCUCCACCUCCAGGGUGAACACUGACUGUCCCAUUGUCUCUGGUGUUCCUCUCUCUCUCUCUCUCUCUCUCUCUCUCUAUUCCAAUUACCAAUUACUCUCUGCUGCUGCUGCUGCAAAUAAUAUUAGUAUUCUCAUCAUCUUCUCCAAAAUUCAUUCUCCAAUGGAGUUGGAAAGCAUACUCAAGUUUGUUGAAAACAAGACCAUUUUAGUCACCGGUGCCACUGGCUUCCUUGCAAAGAUUUUUGUGGAGAAAAUACUGAGAGUCCAACCCAAUGUGAAGAAGCUCUAUCUUCUCUUAAGAGCUUCUGAUACCAAGUCGGCCACACAACGUUUGCAUAAUGAAGUGAUAGCGAAGGAUCUAUUUAGACCGUUGAAGGAGAAAUGGGGCUCAAAUCUAAAUUCACUUAUAUCGGAAAAGCUGAAAGUGGUGGCCGGAGACAUCUCUCGGGAGGACUUGGGGUUGAAGGACUUGAGUUUGAGACAAGAGAUGCUCAAUCAAAUUGACGCCAUUGUUAAUUUAGCUGCAACAACCAACUUCGACGAAAGAUAUGAUAUUGCUCUUCGUCUGAAUACAAUGGGAGCUAAGCACGUUUUGAACUUCGCUAAGCAAUGUCCAAGACUCAAGGUCUUAGUCCAAGUAUCCACAGCUUAUGUAUCUGGAGAAAAAGAAGGACUAAUACUGGAAAGCCCAUAUCACAUGGGAGAGACACUGAAUGGGACCUCUGGUCUGGACAUUGAUAGCGAAGUGAGAGUGAUGGAGGAAAAAUUGAAACAACUCCAAGCACAGGACUUAACAGAAGCAGCAAUUACCAUGGCUAUGAAAGAUUUUGGCCUUCUAAGGGCAAAGGCAUAUGGGUGGCCAAACACAUACGUGUUCACAAAGGCAAUGGGGGAGAUGAUUGUAGGAGAAGAAAAAGAAAAUGUGAAUGUGGUGAUCGUACGUCCGACCAUCGUUACAAGUACAUACAAAGAGCCCUUUCCCGGGUGGGUUGAAGGUGUCAGAACCAUUGAUAGCCUUGCUGUUGGAUAUGCUAAAGGCAAAUUGACUUGCUUUCUCGGGGACUUGGCGGCUGUCGUGGAUGUGAUACCUGCUGACCUUGUGGUGAAUGCAAUCAUAGUGGCCAUGGCAGCUCAUGGGCAUUUGUAUUUAGGUGGUGGCAGCCACCAUAAGCACAAUAGUAGCAUAAUAUACCAAGUGGGAUCCUCAGUGAGAAACCCUGUGAGAUACUCCAAUCUUCAGGAUUAUGGCUUUCGUUACUUCACUAAGAAACCAUGGAUUGGUAAGGAUGGUAAGCCUGUCAAGGUUGGCCACGUCACCGUUUUGAGCUCCAUGGCUAGCUUCCGCAGAUACAUGACCCUUCGUUACUUGCUUUUCUUGAAGGGAUUGGAAUUGGUCAACACUGCCUUCUGUCAGUAUUUCCAAGGCAUGUACAUUGAUCUCAAUAGAAAGAUCAAUUUUGUCAUGCGAUUGGUGGAUCUCUACCGCCCAUAUUUGUUCUUCAAGGGCGUUUUCGACGACAUGAACACAGAGAGGUUGCGAAUGGCAGCAAGAGAAAGUGGGAUUGGGAAAGAGAAUGAAAUGUUCUACUUCGACCCCAAGGGCAUCGAUUGGGAAGACUACUUCAUGAACAUUCAUAUUCCUGGAAUCGUCAAAUACGUUUUCAAAUGAGAUUUAAAAGCAAAACAAAGAACACUUUUUUUUUUUAUCUUUCUGGAUUGCAUUAAUAUUUGAGAUAUAUAUAUAGGGAUUUCUCUAGCUUAUGAUUUCAUGGAGCAACAUAUAUAUAUAUAUAUAUAAUUAGUGUUCUAUUCAUUGAAGGUCGCUAACGAGCGAGCUAGCUAGUGUUUAUUUGUAGCUGCCAUGCAUUAAAUUUGUAGCUCACUAUCUACUUUCAUCAUCAAGUGUAUCGAUCCAUUAUGAAAUAUAUAAUUAAACUCUACAUUCUUAUUU